UUAUGUCUGCAGGUUAUUGUUAUAGGAGGAUCAACUCGCAUUCCAAAGCUUCAGAAUCUUUUGAAAGAUAGAUUCCCAGAAUCAGAACUUCUCUCAUCCAUUUCACCAGACGAGGUGGUAGCAAUCGGUGCUGCAGUACAGGCUGCUUUGUUGUCGAGUAGAGAAGGUAGUUUAUCAUGUAGUCCAUCUGACUUACAAACACCAUGUACAGCAAAGUCAAUAUUCAUUAAGGUUGUUGACGAAGCUGGAUCAUCCCUUCUUCAUCCUAUCGUGCCCAAACAUAGUUACAUCCCUCUCAGGCAGCAACAUUAUUUUACUGUCCCCAAAGACCAAGACUCUUUAUCACUUCAACUUGUGGAAGGAGAGCCUACCAGCUUUUUAGAUGAAACAACAAAAUUAGGAAAAAUAAUUCUUAGAGAUCUUGUGUCUGAAGAACCACAAGAAGGCAAGGUCACUUUAGAUCUUCAUUUGAAAAGGGAUGGAACUCUUGAAGUCACAUGUAGUGAGAGCGUUUCAGGAAGCAUGGAUAGCCUUGUGAUAUCACCUUCUAUCAAGAACACUUAAACACUAACACUCUGACUGUCUUCAAUUUAUAUUGGAGAGUACUGCUUGCUGAUCUACAUUGUAAACUUGUGAAGAUCAUAUGGAUAGCGAUAUGUGACAUGGGUUUAACAUGUCAUAGAAUGUGUGAGACUUGUGCUGCUUUAGAUCUUAUCAAUUCUACAUGCUGGCAGGAAUUUGUCCAUUAGUUGGAGCUCAGCCCUAGAAUGCAUUAAUGUAAACUCUCCUGAUAACUAACACAAUCACCAACUGUGG